AAGUGUUCCGGGCCGCGAAUCGUGGAGUUGCGAAGUCGUUCUUGAUGUUCAGUGAUUUCUUGAUCUCUUUUACAGAGUUCUUUCUUCUCCAAAUUUCUAAUCGUUCUUGGAAGCUGGCUGCUUCGUUACAUUCUCAUCAUGCCUGUCUCAAGAGAUAAUGACCGCAUCAAAGCGUUCAAGAACAAGGGGAAAGAUCAGGAGGAAAUGCGGCGUCGUCGAAAUGACAUGCAGGUCGAGUUGAGAAAGGCUAAACGCGAAGAGCAGAUGUUGAAGAGGAGGAAUAUUGCAGCCCCACCUGGUGAAAAUUCUGCUUCUGGGCCAGUUAAGACUGAUAUGAAAAUCCCAGAGCUUGUCGAGAAUAUUCAUUCAAAUGAUCCUCACCUUCGCCUGAUGGCAACAACUGCAGCGAGAUCUCUUGUAACUGACCAGAGUCCUCUUGUCGAUGAAGUCAUUGCUGCUGGUCUCCUUCCAAAGUUUGUCGAGUUCCUGAGCUGUGUAGACCACCCUGAACUUCAGUUUGAAUCAGCUUGGACAAUUACUAAUGUAGCAUCGGGUACUCGGCCACAGACGCAAGCUGUUGUGCAGGCUGGUGCUGUCCCUAUCUUGGUCAGACUCUUGACAUCAACGGAUCCUCGUCUGUGCGAGCAAGCUGCUUGGGCUCUUGGAAACAUCUCUGGUGAUGGCCCUGAGCUGCGAGACUUUGUCAUCCGCAAUGGUAUUGUUCCACCUUUGAUUUCGCUUAUUCGUCCCGAUAUUCCGCUGGAUCACCUGCGUACACUGGCCUGGUGUUUGGCCAAUGUCUGCCGUCAUCGCAAUCCUGUACCUCCUAUGGAAAUCAUUCUUCAGGUUCUGCCCUCCAUGAGUCAACUGCUCUACCACACUGACAAACAUGUUGUGGCUGAAAUUACUUGGGCUUUUGUGUAUGUCACGGAUGGCAGUGAUGAACGUAUUGAGGCUGUGGUUGCUGCUGGAGUUCUUCCCCGUCUUGUCGUGAUGUUGACUGCAAGCGAUCCAAGUCUUCUGAUUGCUGCUGUGAGAGCUGUUGGCAACAUUGUGUCAGGUACUGACACUCAAACACAGGCUGUCAUUGAAGCUGGAGCAUUGAAUUACUUUGCAACAUUGGCCAUGAGUGAUGAUAAGAAAAUUCAGAAGGAGGUAGCGUGGACGAUAUCCAACAUCACGGCCGGAACUCAGCCACAGAUUCAGUGUGUCAUUGAUGCUGGCCUUGUACCACCCUUGAUUAGUAUGUUGGAACGAAAUGAUUACAAGGUUCAACGUGAGGCGGCAUGGGCUGUUACUAAUCUCACUGCUGGUGGAACUAAGACACAGACAAUGACCUUGGUCAAUCACGGUGUGAUUGAGCCUUUCUGCAAGCUACUCUCCAUCCAAGAUGCUAAGGUUAUCGUCGUGCUUCUUGGUGGUCUUGGCCAGAUAUUGGAGGCUGCUGCCCAGUUUAACCGAGUUGAAGAAGUUGCACUAAUGAUUGAAGAAGCCGGUGGUGUUGACCGUAUUGAGGAGCUUCAGGAUCACCCCAAUAAGGCAGUUGCACAUGUGGCCUUCCACCUUAUCUGCCGCUACUUCAGCGAAGGCGAUGCUUCUGCUGAAACAGCCAAUCUUAAUCCACAGGCUGGUGAGGGUGGCUUCCAAUUCGGUGCGGCUGGAGCAGCUGCUGGAGCGCCCAAUGCUGGUGGCUUCAACUUCUAAGUCCUUCUCUCCUUUCACUUCCUCUUCUUCACGCUAUCCUUCUGGGUUUCUAUUGUUUUGAGUAUCCUAGCAGGUUGGUGGUGCUGCUGUUCUCUUCUCUCUUUCUCUGUCUCUCUCUUCUGUAUCUCUUCUAUUCUUCCCUUCUUGGGGUUGAGUGAGUGGAUUCUUCCUCUCCCUUUCGUUUCCUCUGCUUGUUUCUCCAAGCUUAUGUAGUUGUGAAUGGUGACGCAACGGUAGAAAUAAUGCAGGUGUAAUCUAGUCCACAGCUGUGCUGCUGUGCAGUGCUGAGGCUGCUGGCUCACUCCUCAUCACUUUCUGUGUUUUUACUACUUUCUUUGCCACGUUCGCUUUUUCUGUUCUGUCCCGUGUCCUCGCACGAUAUUACCCAAGACUAUUGUCACCCAGGAACACUAAACCUGUCCUUGUGUUGUUGUUGCUGUUUUCAUCCCCGCCCUCAAGACGUUGACAUUGUCAUUCAUUACUUGCACAAACGCUGGCAUGAACAUCAGGCACUCACUAUAACCACAUUUUUCAUACUAGUUCUGUCUCAAAUAUCAUCAAUUCCACCAUUCAUCAUCAUUUGCUCUAUAACUCCGCCAUUAACUCUGCUACUGCCAUACUCCUAUGUCUUGUGUGUUGUCAUGAAAUGGUGCAAUGGCAACCUGAGACUAAUCUUUUUUUCAUUUGUAAGUAAUGAAAUACAUGACAUUAACAGCUCCUUUUUUUCUUUCUUUUUUAAUCAUUUUAGUGCUCUCAGUUGUUUUUCUUGAGUCUUCACUUGCCAUGCAUGUCUGUAAGAUACGAUGUGUAUGCCUCUCAUUGGGUUUAUGUAUUAUACCUUCGUUUUGUCCCCUUCGUCAUCCUGUACAGCUUUUAUGAGAGUCGCUGUCUCAGCUCUUC